AUGGAGUCAGACAGUCAUCCCCCACCCGAGCAGGUGCGCCGCACCCUACAGGUUGAUAAUGCCAUCCGCGCAAUUCAAGAGAAGAAGCCCGUGCCGGAAAUCGACUUUACCAUCCACACCAUGGAAGAUGGCACACAAGUGAGCACGCUAGAAAGAGUCUGCAAAGAUGUUCAGGCGCCGGCCAUGACCAAGCCGGCAGAUGAACAAUUCUUCGAAGACGACGCCCACACGAAACCAAACAUUACGUUUCUGAAACAACACUUCUACCGCGAAGGCCGUCUGACGGAGGAGCAAGCACUAUGGAUUCUUCGAAAGGGUACCGAACUCUUGCGGGCCGAACCCAACCUCCUGGAGAUGGAUGCGCCCAUCACCGUUUGUGGUGAUGUUCACGGCCAGUACUAUGAUUUGAUGAAACUGUUCGAAGUGGGCGGCGAUCCGGCAGAGACCAGAUACCUUUUCCUGGGUGAUUACGUCGACCGAGGAUACUUCAGCAUCGAAUGUGUGCUGUACCUCUGGUGUCUCAAAAUUCACUACCCCGAUACUCUCUGGCUCCUCCGAGGCAACCACGAGUGUCGCCACUUGACCGAUUAUUUCACCUUCAAGCUUGAAUGCAAGCACAAGUAUUCCGAGGCUGUCUACGAUGCUUGCAUGGAAUCUUUCUGCAGUCUCCCCCUGGCAGCAGUCAUGAACAAACAAUUCCUCUGCAUACAUGGCGGUCUCAGCCCAGAGCUGCAUACCCUUGACGAUUUGAGAAGUAUUGACCGAUUUCGAGAGCCUCCCACCCAGGGUCUCAUGUGCGAUGUUCUGUGGGCCGAUCCGUUGGAGGACUUUGGUCAGGAGAAGACAAGUGACUACUUCCUGCACAAUCACGUCCGCGGCUGCUCAUACUUCUUCUCAUAUCCCGCAGCAUGCGCGUUCCUGGAGAAGAACAACCUUUUGUCCGUGAUUCGAGCGCACGAGGCUCAGGAUGCUGGGUACCGCAUGUAUCGAAAGACGCGUACGACUGGGUUCCCCAGCGUGAUGACGAUAUUUUCAGCGCCAAACUACCUCGACGUGUAUAACAACAAGGCAGCGGUACUCAAGUACGAAAACAACGUGAUGAACAUUCGCCAGUUCAACUGCACACCUCACCCCUAUUGGUUACCCAACUUUAUGGAUGUUUUCACGUGGUCCCUACCAUUUGUGGGUGAGAAGAUCACCGACAUGCUGAUUGCAAUUCUGAGCACAUGCUCGGAAGAGGAGCUCAAGGAAGAAACACCUUCUUCCACCAGCCCGCACUCUCCGACGGCGUCGCAAGCCGGUGACGAUCCCAACUCGAUCGAGUUCAAGCGGAGGGCGAUCAAGAACAAGAUUCUCGCCAUCGGACGCAUGUCGCGUGUUUUCCAGGUGCUCCGAGAGGAGUCGGAAAAGGUGACGGAGCUCAAGACGGUAUCAGGUGGCAGGCUCCCUGCCGGCACGCUGAUGCUUGGUGCCGAGGGUAUCAAGAAGGCGAUAAGCUCGUUCGAGGACGCCCGAAAAGUCGACUUGCAAAACGAGCGUCUGCCCCCCAGCCACGAGGAGGUGGUGAAACAUCAGGAAGAGGAGCGAGCCACGGCACUCCAAAAGGCGGCUCAGGAGGCCGACAAUGACAAGAAGCUGCAUCAACUUUCCCGAAGGCUGAGCACUGACCGCAAGCAUCGAACGCAAUGA